AUGUUUAGGAAUUUUGUUUUAAUUUUUCUAGCCAGCUCAACUGUAAAUUCUAUGAAUAUUCUUGUUUAUUCUCCAAUUUUUGCCGCUAGUCACACUAAUUUUAUGGCACGGUUAGCAGAUACUCUGACUGAAGCUGGACAUAACGUUACAUUUCUAGCACCUGUCAUGGAUGAAAGGAGGAAAUCUCAGCUGGGUGUUAAGAAAACUAAAGAUGUUGUCCUAGUGAAGCAAGACGAGGAAAUGAAACGCCAUCUAUCCCCUGUUGACGACGAUAUGUAUUGGAAAACUGAAGUCACACCCUGGAACAUGAACACAAUUUUUUCCGUUUUCACGGAUUCCAUGCGUCAGGGAUGCGCGAAUUUUCUGCGCAAUAAAGAUGUUUACGAUUCUAUGAAGUCUAGAAAUUUCGAUGUUGGAAUCUACGAGCCAUUGUCAGUAUGUGGUUUGGGAUUCAUGCAUGCCAUCGGAAUCCGUAGAACGAUAUCAGCGUCGUCUUGUGUGUUUUAUGAUUCUGUUGUAAAUGUGGUUGGAGAGCCAUUAGAGCUAAGUCACGUGCCUGCGCAAAUGAGCAAAUUUGGAGAGGAUAUGAGUUUAUCUGAGAGGGUCCACAACUAUCAAAUGUCGAAAGCAUUGGAAGGCGUCAACUUUGAAAGCUUUGAAGUGGAAACUAAACUUUAUCAAGAGCAUUUCGACGUACCAGAUUGGAGAGAGCUCAUGCUAGAUUCAUCGUUUAACUUUGUUAACGCCAUUCCGUAUUUGGACUUUCCAAGAACAGUGACUCAGAAAACCAUUUCAAUCGGAGGAAUCAGUAUUGACAUGGAGUUUAUAGAAUCGCAAAAAUUGUCAAAGGAGUGGAGUGACGUUUUGGAUACCAGAAAACACAACAUGUUAAUUUCAUUCGGGUCACUGGUUAGGAGUCAAGAUAUGCCUAUUGAGUGGAGACGUGGACUUCUAGAAGCCAUCAGAUCUGAACCAAAUGUAACAUUCAUUUGGAAGUAUGAAAGUGACGAUGUCUCCUGGGCAAAAGGCGUUUCGAACAUCCACUUUUCCAAAUGGGUCCCCCAAACUGCUCUUCUCAAUCAUCCUCGACUAUCUGCGUUUUUGACCCAUGGAGGAUUGGGAAGUACAACUGAACUGGCAUUUCUUGGAAAACCCGCUCUUAUGGUCCCGAUUUUUGCAGACCAAGAGCGCAACGCCAAUAUGCUAGCUAGGCACGGAGGAGUCAGAGUAUUUCAAAAGAACAAUCUCGAAAACGUUAAAACUGCAAUCCAUGAUGUUCUGUUCAACAAGGAUUACCUGAAGCAUGCAAAAAAGCUAGCGGAACUUCUGAAUAAUCAGCCUACACAUCCAAAGAAUCAAGUUGUGAAUCAUGUGGAGUUUGCAGGGAAAUUCGGACCGUUUCCUGAAAUGAACUCACGUGGAAGAGAUCUUGGAUUUAUUCAGAAGAACUUGAUAGAUGUCUAUUUUGUUUUGUAUGCACCUUAUUUUGUUGGUUACUUUGUUGUUUUUUUAGUGGUUUUGUGGUUUGUGAGAGCUAAAGAGGUUUUUAGGAAAGUUAAAGAUCUCUAG